CUUGCCUAUAGCUAUAUAACAAAUAAAGCCCUGUGGUUCAAAAUCCUCCGCUAUGUCAAAACAAUUUUUAGACAUUCCCGAUAUCAGGUUUUGGGUUUUAGUAUCCAUACUACACAGUACAAUGUUAUCUUGUGCGGAUCAUAUCCAGCCGUUGAGUACAAAGGACUUUUACAAACAGAUCUACGGGAAUGUCUGCCCAUCUGGUGAAUUAUCAUGUCUACGAGAAGUUAUGACAAACACCUUUCAAAUGUCCUUGACCCGAAAGCAAAAAGAAAAGGUUGGUAUGCAAGAAACAAUACAUUUAUUCGAAGGAAAAGAAAAUAUCGUUAAAACGUUAAGUCAAAAUCCUCCAAUCUUUGAAAUUAAAGAUUUCUUCACGAAAGACGAAUGUGAACUUGUCAUUGAUUUGGCAAAGACAAAAGGAAUGAAAAAAAUUCUACCGUUUAAAAAUAUUGAAAAGAUGUUCAAGGAUGAGAUGCACGAGACUUUUAAGAUGUGGAAUUUAAAUGGUGAUGAUUUUAUUGAUGCUUAUGAGGUAUCAUAUGUAUACGGAAAAGCAGGCAUAUUUGUGAACGACAAGGAUAUUUAUGACAUGUUUAAAGAUUGCAAAAUAGACAAUGACGACAAUGGAAAGCUUGAUAAAAACGAAUUCGCCAAUAUGGACAAAGAACGUACCGCAAAAUGGUUCGAGAAACACAUAGCUGAUUCCGAGAUAUCUAAACCAGACAACGUAUUUAUGCAACAAACAUGGCUCUGGCACAAUGAAGACGAAUUACUUGCAUAUGAAGACCUGUUUGAGAACUAUCACGAAAGAGUUGCAAAAGUUUCAAUGUUACCAAAAAAGAUAGUAGAAAAUAGUGAGCCCAUUCAGGUAGUAAAGUAUGAAACUGGAGCGCACUAUGAUUGCCAUCAUGAUACGCAAAGUCUAUCAAAUGAGCUACCAUGUUGUCAGUAUGGCUCAUCAAAUUGUAGACUUUGCAGGUAUUUAACAAUAAUGGUUUUCUUGACUGACAACUACGAAGGUGGAGAGAAAUGUUUCCCCUUGGCUGACAACAAGACAUUUUCUCAGAAGGACUUACCUAGAGAGUAUCUUGAGAAAUGCAAUUUGGCAAAAAGCUGUAACAAAUGCAACCUACUUGUUAAACCAAAGCAAGGCAAAGCACUUCUAUGGUAUAAUCACUUAUUGAAUACCAAAACUUCUUGGAUGGGUGCACUUGAUGCGUUUUCCAGUCAUGGCGAUUGUGUAUCCGAUGGUGAAAAAUGGAUCGCAAAUAUUUGGAUUGAUAUCAUAGGAGAUGGCAAACACGAAUUAAGGUCAUGGAAAAGCGGAACAAAUUGGAUUAAACCCGGAAAUAAAAAGGAUGCUGAAAUUUAUACAUAUUUGGGUAAUCCUGACUUGAAGCAAAGUUCGAAUUACACUCAGUUUAAGGAAAGAUACUCUCCUGUCAUGAACACAAAACCUGAAACGAAUACUGAUUUUCAGGAAACUAGGUCGGGUAAAAAUUUAGGACAUAGUAAAAUUCUACAGUCAGUACUACUUCUUUUAGCCGAACUUAAACAGGAUGAACUGUAUAUUGUUGCUGACAAGUUAAGAAAGGAAAUGACACCAAGAAGAUUUUUGGAGAUUUUCUGUAAAACACAUACAUAGCAGCAAGCAUUAACAAAGUGAUCAAUUACAACUGUACAAGUUACAUUUAAUUUACCCUCAACGCAUCCAUAACAGGGGUAUUUUUAUUUUCCUAAUGGCUUUAUUAUUAUACUAAGGACGGGUUAAUAUGAGACGGGUCAGCACGGUUUAGUCGGACUAGCUCAGCAGUGCCGGAACUCGCUUCACCAAAGGAUUACAAUGGUUUUCCGUGCAGGAUAACGUGAUCCAUGCACGAGGGAUGUUGCGAGACUUUUGAAAAGUGUAAAAAAACACGAGCCGCAGUCGAAUAAAUCACGCUAUUCUGCACGAAAAACAUUUGUGAAUUGUUUUCUAAAACAACUACAGUGAAACAACCAUAUCGUUUUGAGAAUCCCGCCAAAAACUCGCGAGUGCUUUUAAAUUCCUCGUGGAGGAAUUCCUCCUGAUUUGAACAAUGAAAUUGCAUGUUAUUAUAUAAAUAUUAUUUCGCAAUAUUUGUAAAAUAGUCAGCAGCUGAACGAAGCGAGAUCUCGUCUUAAACAGGUUCAUAUGAAAACAUCAAGCGUGCCAGCAAAAGCGCGAGCCCGCCCGGUCUCAUAUGAACUGUUCUUUCCAUGUUUGGAUAUGCUCCAUACUCCCCCUCAGGGAAUAAAUAUAAUUGUAAUAUAACAUCUAUAGUACACGCGUGCUGAUUGGUUGAGAAGCGUGUUUCAAUUAGACAACGAAGGCGAGUUGUCUAAUUGUUUUUGUACACACCCUGUACGCACUUCAAAAUCAAGCCAGGAACAGUUGAUGGAAAAUGAGUCAACUAUAGGUCCUCCGGCUACAUCUGUAGCUCAGUGGCAAG